GUUGUGUAUCUUGUUGUUGCAGGUGUUGAUUCUUGUCCAGCAUGGCUUUGAGAUCCUCGCCGUCUCUGGGCCUGAAAAGGCUGGACAGGCUGGAUAGUGUAGUAGGCGGUCGCAUAGACCCGGAAGCCAAUCCUAAUGAACCCGAGAUUGAGAGUUUCAUGAGGAUUUACAAUUAUGAGAGCACGACGCGACAACUGGAUGCUUAUUAUGGCAUUGUCAAGCGGCAACUCUUGGCAUUCCAGGGAUCAGGCUCUGGACUCUGGGCUUACAAUUCCACAGACAAAGUCAUUGGGGACGUGAGAACGAGCAUUUAUUGCUCAAUCACGGUCUGGGGUUUGUAUCAGGCCUACAGGAGAAUCGACGAUGACCGCGGGAGGUCGUAUGAACUCAGUCAGUCGGCUGUCAAGUGCAUGCGAGGCAUUUUACAGUGCUGGUUGUCUCAGGCGCACUUGAUUGAGAAGUUUAAGCAGCAGCAGGCCAGUGACAGCGCGUUGCAUUCGAAGUUUCACCUGGAGACUGGGGACGAAAUCAUCAGUGAGAAGAAUUAUGGGCAUUUGCAGAUCGACGUGGUUUCCCUGUACCUCAUUGUGCUCACUCAAAUGAUCAACGCUGGUCUGCAAAUCAUCUACACCAUGGACGAGGUGUCCUUCAUCCAGAAUCUAGUCUAUUACGUGGAACGAGCAUAUCGUACUCCAGACUACGGCAUUUGGGAGAGAGGAAAUAAGUACAACAACGGGACUCCGGAGAUUCACGCGAGUUCUAUUGGAAUGGCGAAAUCCGCAUUGGAGGCUGUGAACGGUCUGAACCUUUUUGGAGACAAGGGAGCUGCUUGGUCUGUCGUUUAUGUUGAUAUUGACGCGCACAACAGGAACAGGUCCAUUUUUGAGACGCUUUUGCCCCGGGAAUCCAGCUCAAAGAACACUGAUUCCUCAUUGAUCCCCACAAUUUUGUUCCCUGCGUUUGCGACUCACGACGACGCGAGCUGCAAGUUGACCAAAGCUAAAGUUAUUCGGAAGCUGAAAGGCAAAUAUGGUUUCAAGAGAUUCUUGAGGGACGGCUACGGAUCCGUUUUGGAGGAUAAGAGUCGUCGGUUUUACCUCGAAGGAGAAACCAAAAAUUUCGAGAACAUCGAGUCGGAGUGGCCGAUAUUUUACGCGUAUCUCGUGAUUGACGGGAUUUUCAGAAACGACGCCGUCCAGGUGAAGGAGUUUCAGAAGCUGCUGAAGCACACGGUUUUUCAAGAUAAACACGGAGAUCGUGUUUUGCCAGAGUAUUACUACGUGCCGAGUGAUGCAGUUGCUGGAGAGAAGGAGGAUCCUGGUUCGCAGAAGAGACUGCCGGUCCCCGAAAGAGGAUCUGGGAACCUUUUCCUCUGGGGACAGAGCAUUUACAUUCUGUCCCAGCUGCUGAAUGACGGAUUGUUGCACGUGAACGAGUUGGAUCCCAUUAGGAGAUACCUGCCUUCGUACAAUCGUCCGCGUCGUGGAGGCCGUUAUUCAGCAUUCCAGGGAACAGCGAGUGACCUUGUGGUGCAAGUGGUGCUGAUCGUGGAGUCCAUGAGACUCCAGGCCAUGAUGGCCACUUAUGGCAUCCAGACUCAGACGCCGCACGAGGUGGAACCUGUGCAAAUCUGGCCACCCAGCGAGUUGGUUAAGGUUUACAGGUACUUGGGAGUCAGCAAAAAACUAGGACUGGAUGGAAGACCCUCACGACCCAUUGGAGCCCUCGGGACCAGCAAGAUUUACCGCAUCUGGGGUCAAACUGUGCUUUGCUUCCCGCUGGUGUUCGAAGUCUCGGAUUUUUACCUGUCGCAUGACAUGUCACUGUUGAUUGACGACAUCAGGACGGAGUUGCAGUUUGUUGGGAAGAAUUGGAAAGUUUCAGGACGUCCGACUGUUUGCUUGCUCAUACGUGAAGAUCACAUGAGAGAUUCGAAAUUCCGCGAAAUGCUAGACUUGUUGGCACAACUUAAAUCGGGACACUGCAACGGACUGAAAGUUCGAACAGGACGCUUGCAAAAUCUCAUCGCGUCUUCUUGUCUAGAGCAUUUGGAUUUUCUGAACAUGGUUGAUUCGAGUCAGAUCGAGAUAAACGCUUUUGAACAAGUGCAACACGCUUCCAUCGGUUACCAGAGUUUGACUGAUAUUCCGAAAGCCAUCGUCUUCAAUGAAAAAAGAAUGGACUUCACGGAAUACAAGAACAAGCCAACAAAUGAGAUUGUGGAGACAUUGAGAUGUGUGGAGAAUCUGUUCGGCCAGGCACAGUUGUUGGGGUACUUGCUGGAGAGAGAAGGGCCAAAUUUUCAAAUUGACAAGGCCUCAGUGAAGGAAAGACUCACUUUAGUGGACAGACAAGCUGGAACCCUGAGAUACUGGACUGUGGUGCGGUAUUGCAGCACUCUGCUGAGGAAAAUGGUCCAUUCAGUGUCUCCUUCAAUCACUUCUAUCCUAGUGAAUGGAAAACAGUUGACAAUUGGUGUGCCUUCCAAGGAAGAGAUCAUAGUGGACAAACCAUUGACCCCCGGAGAGUUUCACGUUGUGCUCUACAAGCAAAUCGCUCCGCAUGACAUUUUUCUUCCACCACUACAGCAAGAAAUUCUCCUGUAUGCUGGCAAACUCAUCUCUACACACCCACAAUUGUUUGCUGGGAUCCUGAAAUUCCGCGUGGGAUGGGUCCUGAAAGCGAUGGAGUUUUAUCAAAAGUUCUUUGUCCCUGGAGCUGAGCCACUGGAGGCUGUGAGUCCGAGUGAAAUCAGAAGGCUGCUGUUCAAAGUGCUGACUGUCUGGGAAUGGGCUCGUGAACUCAAUGCGGAGCCGUAUGUGAUACGGAAAUUGGAAGGCAGCAUGGGACGAGUGCCUUCAGACUUUUUCCAAAGGGUCUGGCAUAUCAUGGGAAAGGCUUCUGGAGGGAUUUUCCUCUGUGGGCGUCACUUGCCCAGGGAACCCACUUUGUCAGAGAUGACCAUGUCUGAGCAUGGGUUCGCUCUGAGGAUCGAGGACAUGAUCAAGGAUAUUCAUUGUCCCGAAUAUCGUCAUCUCGUCAUUGAGAUGAUCCUGGUGAUGUCCACUGUGCUGGAAAGGAACCCAGAGCUCAAGUUCUCGGAAGCUGUCGACAUUGACAUGCUGGUGAAGAACGCCGUGAAACUAUUCUGGAAAGACAAGAACGAAGAGGACCCCUCGUCGUCGAAACCCGAAGACCCCAUGCAUCCCUUCUACCAAGAAUCCUUCCCCAGGGUCACUGGCUACCUGGCUCGCGCAGUGGUCAAUCAUAUCUUGUCUGGAAACUUGUCAGCUCUCCAGUCUGAUGUCUGUGCCGGCGAGUUGUCAGUGUGUGCAAUAGCCUGA